AGGGAAGGUGAAUAGGUGAAAGUGGAUCUAUCUAUGAAAUAAAUUUGGAAUUUUAGUCGACGAUUAAGGAUUGUUGGCCAUGGACGCGUGUUUUACCGCAUUCGAUAAGGACGGUGAUGAUUUGCUGUCUUUGACGGAAUUCACGUUGAUAUGCCGAGCCUUGUUUCGAAAUGACAAAGGUCAUAUCUACGUGGUCCCAGAUGAUCAAUUAAAACAAAUGUUUGCUGUUUUCGACAAGAACCAAGAUGGUGUUAUCGAUCGUGAAGAAUUCCAAUUUUGCUGGAAUCAAUGGAUCAAAACGAUUGUUCGGCCGGUGAAUGCUUUCCUUGUGAUUGACGUGCAGAACGACUUCAUCAGCGGCUCUUUGAACAUAAGUAAUUGUAGUGCACAACAUAAUGGUCACGAAAUCAUUGAUCCCAUCAACAAUUUACUGAACACCAUUGAUUUUGACGCGGUGUUUUACUCAUUGGAUUGGCAUCCAAGUGACCACAUUUCUUUUAUCGAUAACAUAAAAACGCGUCCGUUGCAUGAGAGUAGCCCACUCGAUGCCGAUUCGGCACAAGUAUUCGAUACGGUUGUGUUUGAAGGACCACCAACCAUUAAACAACGACUCUGGCCACGCCAUUGCGUACAAGACUCAUGGGGUUCCGAACUACACAAGGAUCUCAAGGUCGCCGAAAAUUCAGUUAAAGUGUACAAAGGCACAAAUCCAGAGAUCGAUUCGUAUUCAGUGUUCUGGGAUAAUGCAAAAAUGUCGGAAACAACACUCAAUGCACAGUUGAAAAUGAAAGGAAUCACCGAUAUCUAUGUGUGUGGGCUAGCGUAUGAUGUAUGUGUGGGUGCAACGGCCGUUGAUGCUAUUUCCAGUGGCUAUCGCACAAUUUUGUUGGACGAUUGCUGUCGAGGUGUUGACUUAAAAGACAUCGAAAACGUUAAGGAGAAGGUGGUGUCAACAAACGGUGUUAUUGUUACAUCAAAAGAUGUAAAAGCAAUGGUCGAAGGCAGAGAUCGUCGCCCGGAGCUCGGAUACAAACUAGCAAUGGAGUUGAGCAACAUCAAUUCGGAUCUAUCACAGAGAACAAACACAAGAAGACAACAACAGCCAUAGUCAAUACAUUGUAGUACAAAUUGGCCCAUACUACGCGCUUUUGCUACGUAUUCAGUAAAAUGGAUUGGCCAAUCGGCAUUAUAGAAUAGCCUGAUAGAUUAUACAUAUAUAUAUAUAGCGACAGUUAGACUGCUAAACUUGAUUUUAACUGCAUUUUAAUCGAUUUUAGCACUAUGAAUUGCCUACAAUUACCGAUUUUACAUUUUCAACUGGUUUAUAGUUGGAACAGCUUUUAAUGCGCAUUAGAUUAUUAUUAGAUGUAGCCCGUAGACAUAGAAAUAGAUACAAUGAUAAAAUAUUGUUGGGAAAUCCAAGCGACAAAAAUUCAAUGAUAAUCGUGAUGAUGAUUUAGAAAAAAAAAGACUUAUUUAAUUUGUAGUUUUUACGGCAAAAUUGGUCGUUAUUAUUUUUGUGUCAAAAAGAAAAGUAAGAAAAUAAAU